AGGGAAAAACCUGAACUCGCAGAGGAGAGACAGAGACAGAGUCAGAGCAACAAAAAAGUGAAUAAUGGAAGCCGCAGUGACAAAACCGCUAAUCAAAGUCGCGGCUCUUUGUGGGUCUCUUCGUAAAGGCUCUUACCACCGCGGCCUUCUCCGUGCUGCGAUUGAGCUGAGCAAGGAAGAAUCUACACUGAAAGAAGGCUUAGAGAUAGAGUACAUUGACAUCUCUCCCUUGCCAUUUCUCAACACCGACCUCGAAGUCAACGGCACUUUCCCCGCCGCCGUCGAAGCGUUUCGUAAGAAGAUUCUCGAAGCCGACUCCGUUCUCUUCGCCUCCCCCGAGUACAACUAUUCCGUCACCGGACCGUUGAAAAAUGCGAUUGAUUGGGCAUCGAGGCCGCCAAAUGUUUGGACUGAUAAAUCUGCAGCCAUUGUUAGUGCUGGAGGAAGUUUUGGUGGUGGGCGCGCGCAAUAUCAUCUUCGCCAAAUCGGAGUUUACCUAGACCUUCACUUCCUAAACAAACCUGAGUUUUUCUUGAAUGCGUUCCAGCCUCCGGCGAAGUUUGACAGUGACGGAAACUUGAUUGAUCCUGCCUCCAAGGAAGGGCUAAAGGCGGUUCUUCUUGCUCUGCAGGCAUUUACUCUCCGGCUCAAAGGUAACUAGUGUUGAAUCAUGCUUUCUAGUCAAAACUGAAUAAGCCAAUUGUAUAUGGAAUUGAUCCUAUGAAAAGUCGACGAGUCAAUUGGUAAUUUGAAAGAUAUAUUUUCGUUUCUCUUUUUCUUUUCAUUUUUUUUGUCUUUUUACUUGAAAUGUUGUAAAGUUUCUGUGGCAUUUGGGAUUCAGUUCUUGAUUUAUUUUCAUAUUUCGUUUAGAAUGCCAUACUCAGAUACUCUGAUGUGCUGUUUCUAUUGCUAAAAAAGAAGGUUGCACUACGGUUGCAC